CGUUUCCUCUCGCCAUUGACUUAAGUUAACACAGAGAGAGAGAGAGAGAGAGAGAGAGCAACUGACAUGAAGACUGGCGGGCGAUCGUAUGUCGACGUUGUUUCGGCUAUGUGCUUAGCUUUGUUUGCGAUAUUUGCAAUCGGACAAUCACAUAGUAGGGAGCUCCGGCCGUCGGCCCACGGACUUGCAUACCAGAGUAACUCAACGGCGGAGACAGCGGAGGAGUCGUCGGAAAUGCAGUCAUUCUUUGGGGAUACGGCAGUGCCGUUGCCCGCGAUAGAGCCGUUACCGGAGGCGAAGAACACGAGCGAUGCGCCUUGGUGGAAGGAUGUUUCCGGCGCUGGACAGAGGAGGGGUCACGUGAGGGAGGCACUGGAGGUGGUCGCCGUGGUCUGUGGAGUGACGGGCGUCGGUUGUCUGGUGGUGGCGGCAUUGGUUUUCGUCUUUCGGCAUCAAAGGCAGAGGUCCACUGGGACGGAUAAAUAGUUGUUGAUGGGUUAAGCAGGAAAUUACUUUCAUGUUUUGUGAUUGGGAAAGUCUCAAGGUGUGUAUCAUAUAAUUAUUGUGUCACCUCAUAAAAAAUAAUUAUUUAUAGAACCGGUCAUUCAUAACAUUUUA